CCACAGGUAGCCAUCGGUGCUGGGGCUGGAGAAAGCAGCCAUGAGGACUGCCCUGGUCUUCGCCUGCCUGGUGGGGAUAGCAUGUGCCUUUUCGGUCAAGAGCUGGUUGCGGCGAGCCAAGUUGGAUGACUCAGAAGAAAACGCGGUGCUCAAGAGCAGGCACCGGUAUUACCUGUACAGAUAUGCCUACCUGCAUCCCCCGCAGCAACGGUACCAGGUCAGUGACUCAUCAGAGGAAGAGGGGGACGGCUCAGAUGAGGAAGAGGAGGAAAGGGGGAAGCCAUCCCAUGCUGGCACCAAGGCAGAUGGCCACCUCAUAGGAGCAGCCCCUGGAGACAGCAAGGGUGGGCUGGGAGGAGACCUUACAUGUCCCCAGCAGGGCAAGGGCUGCCAAGGGCCCCUGAGGGUGGGCAGGAACGGCACUGUGGGCAAGGGGGAUGACUCUGAAAAUGAAGACAGUGAUGAGAAUGAAGAGGAAGAGGAGGAAGAGGAGGAAGAGGAAGAGAUAGCUGAGAAUGAGAAUGGCAUCAAUGGCACAAGCACCAACACCACUGAGGGAGCAGAUGGACCUCAUGGCAAUGGCACUGCAGUGGCUGAGGAGGGCACUGGUGCAGCGGAGGAGGAGGAGGAGGAGGAGGAGGAAGAGGAAGAAGAAGAAGAAGAGGAGGAGGAAGAGGAGGAGGAAACUGAAGCCACCACCGUUGCCAGCACCACCAACGAGGAAGGGCUGACCCAGGCAACCACCACAGGAGAUGUGGCACCCACAUAUGCCACCACAGCUGGGGAACAGUGGGAGUACGAGGUGACGAUCGAGAGCCAUGGCCGGGGGGAUGAGGGUACCACCGACGGCAGCUAUGGGGAGCAGGAUGAGUAUGCCCGUGGGGACAGCUACCGGGCCUACGAGGAUGAGUACGGUUACUACAAGGGGCAUGGCUACGAUGUGUAUGGCCAGGAUUACUACUACAGCCAGUGAGCAGGGAGUGAGGGGCAGCCCCAGUGCUGGCCCCUCCUGCUCCAUCCCACUCAGGAACAUCCAUCCGCAUGCUCCCUGCAGCUGCCACCUGCCAGAGGGGAUGCUGGGCAGCUUGUGGUGUGCACUGGCUCU